UUUUUUUUUCUCCAUCGCCAACCUUAACUGCGAUCACAUUGUGGAGAUUAACCAUAUAUAUAUCUACCUGGGUAUAUAAACAACACUUGAGAUGAUAGAACUAAACCCAACAGGCUCUAAUACUAAAUGUUUAUUAUAUUGAAUUUAUACGGAAAUACGUAGAAACACACUCGUUGAACAUGCCCCCAGAAGAACAUAAACUUAAAGCUGAUGAUGCUAUCGAUCGCUUCUGCCGCCAAUACCUUCAACUGGAACGAGAUCUUGAAUAUCCCCCAACUGAAACUCUGCGGGAAUUAGACGUUCAAGACAAUAUAUACCGGCGCAUAUUCGCCGAUAACGCUCUUGCUUAUACGCCUCCUCCGAGAUAUCAGCUACGAGUCCUCAAAGAGCUCACGUCGAGAAUUGAGGCCAGUAUCGAGGACUGGGAUCUUCAUGGGGUUUCGGACGACUUGAUGAACGCACUCUCAAGUCUUCUAGCACGCCAAUUACCCUCAGAGACGACUGCUGCUCAACAAAAAUCAUAUGUGACGUACACUUUGUCACUGCUUGAUCAUCAUGGCAAUGCCGCCCAGACUCCGGCUCAGAUUACGCUGCUCGAAUCCCGCAACCUAAUUUCUGCCUCGGGGACUACCGGCUUGCGUACUUGGGAGGCUGCCCUUCACUUGGGACAGUUUCUAUGUACAAAUCCGAUGCUUGUUCGAGGAAAGCGAGUUUUAGAAUUGGGAUCAGGAACCGGAUAUCUAUCCAUCUUGUGUGCCAGGUUUCUUUCGUCCACAUCAACUAUUGCAUCUGACGGUUCCGAUGAGGUCGUGGCGAACCUUCCUGAAAACUUCUUUUUAAACGGUCUCCAAGACUCGAAGAAGGUCAGAGCGAUGGAUGUCAAAUGGGGACAUGCUCUUGUGGGAACAGAAGACAAACACUGGAACGGCGGCAUGCCGAUCGAUGUGGUCCUUGGCGCGGAUAUUACCUAUGACAAGAGCAUCAUCCCGGCUCUCGUGGCGACCCUAGAAGAGCUAACAGGAAUGUUCCCGCAUGUUACAAUUUUCAUCGCCGCUACCGAAAGAAAUCAGGAAACGUUCAAGGCGUUUCUUGAUGUCUGCGAAAAGAGACGGUUCAAGGUCGAGGAAGUUGAUUUUGAGCUUUUGCCCAGGCAAAGCCAACGAGGACCAUUCUACAGCGAUCAAGUACCCAUUAAGAUAUGCAAAAUACAAAAAGCAUCGGGUAUCUGAGGCUUGAUGCUAUUUCUCGAAUUAUUAUAACACCUCGUAUAAUAUCUUGACACACGCUUGGAGAUUCUGGCCAUUUUUAACUAUAAAGCCUUCACCUAUCUACCUUAGGCUGCCCGCUUCCCGUCCGUAGCACGUGUGCAACAUAAACGCCAUACAAACACCAUGACACGGGAUGAAGCACUGCCGUAUGGUGGCAAGUUUCUUAGGACAUCUCACACUCAGUAGACCGCUUGGAGGCUUGGAGAAUGGGGAAUCUGAUGAAAUCUUUCAGCUUUAAUCAAUUUUCCCCAAUGUCUGAUAUAUUAGAGAAAAUACCCCGUCUGGCAUAAGCCAAUAGCGAUACAGUUGGCAUCAGAGGAUCGUCCGUCCUAGAAAUGUUUGGAGUACCGAUGAAUCACCAAAGCUAUCGAGAUCUCCAGCGGUUUUACACAG